AUAUAGAUGUAUAUAAGUAAUAUAUCAAUGUAUCUAAUGAUCGUGAAAUGUACGGGUGUAAUGAAUUUUAGAGAAAACUGGGUCGUGUCUCGGGGCUCAAAAAACCACGCUAAUAAAAAAGUUAUCAUUCAUUUUUGGAGAACAACAAGUCAAAUAAACGCCCAAAUCAGUUGAAAUAGACGUGAAGAAAGGAUAAUACAUUGGAAGCAAAGAUGGAUGAGACAUUGAUAGCCACCAUUAACAAGUUGCAAGAUGCAUUGGCACCAUUGGGGGGAGGAUCGGCUUCUCCAGUUGAUUUACCACAAAUUACGGUUGUUGGAUCACAAUCUAGUGGGAAAUCAUCAGUUUUAGAGAAUAUUGUUGGACGUGAUUUUUUACCUAGAGGUACUGGUAUUGUUACUAGAAGACCAUUAAUUUUACAAUUGAUUAAUAAAAGAUCAACUCCAAAAUCAAAUGGAGAUUUAGCAGGUAUAAAUACUAAAAAUGAUAAAGGAGAAGAAUCUGAAAAUAAUGCUGAUGAAUGGGGGGAGUUUUUACACUUACCAAAUAAAAGAAUUUAUAAUUUUGAAGAAAUUAGAGAAGAAAUUGUUAGAGAAACCGAUGCUAAAACUGGUAAAAAUUUAGGAAUUAGUGCAAGUCCAAUUAAUUUAAGAAUUUAUUCACCUCAUGUUUUAACUUUAACAUUAGUUGAUUUACCAGGUUUAACAAAAGUUCCAGUGGGAGAUCAACCAAAGGAUAUUGAAAGACAAAUUAGAGAAAUGAUUAUGAAAUUUAUUUCAAAACCAAAUGCAAUUAUUUUAUCAGUUAAUGCAUCGAAUACUGAUUUAGCUAAUUCAGAUGGAUUAAAAUUGGCAAGAGAAGUUGAUCCUGAAGGUUCAAGAACAAUUGGUGUUUUGACAAAAGUUGAUUUAAUGGAUCAUGGUACUGAUGUUAUUGAUAUUUUGGCUGGUAGAGUUAUUCCAUUAAGAUUUGGUUAUGUUCCAGUUAUAAAUAGAGGUCAAAAAGAUAUUGAACAGAAAAAAACUAUUAGAGAAGCUUUGAAAGAUGAAAGUAAUUAUUUUGAAAACCAUCCAUCUUAUAAAGCAAAAGCUCAUUUUUGUGGUACACCAUAUUUAGCUAAAAAAUUAAAUGGUAUUUUAUUACAUCAUAUCAAAGGUACUUUACCAGAUAUCAAGAUGAGAAUUGAACAUUCUUUGAAAAAAUAUCAAAAUGAAUUAAGUUUAUUAGGACCCGAAAUGAGUGAAUCUCCAACUUCAAUUGCUCUUAAUAUGAUUACUAAUUUUUCAAAAGAUUAUAAUGGAAUUUUAAAUGGUGAAGCAAGAGAAUUAACUUCUCAAGAAUUAAGUGGUGGUGCUCGUAUUUCUUUUGUUUUCCACGAAAUUUUUAAAAAUGGUAUUAAUGCUUUAGAUCCUUAUGAUCAAAUUAAAGAUGCUGAUAUUAGAACAAUUAUGCAUAAUACUUCAGGUUCUGCUCCUUCAUUAUUUGUUGGUACUCAAGCUUUCGAAGUUUUAGUCAAACAACAAAUUCAUAGAAUGGAAGAACCUUCUACUCGUUGUAUUAAUUUAAUUUUUGAUGAAUUGGUAAGAAUAUUAUCUCAAAUUAUUAGUCAAACUCAAUAUUCUCGUUAUCCUCAAUUAAAAGAACAAUUAUCUAAUCAUUUCAUUCAAUUUUUAAGAGAUGCUUUAAUUCCUUGUAAUACAUUUGUUACUGAUAUUAUCAAAUCAGAAGAAACUUAUGUCAAUACUGCUCAUCCAGAUUUAUUAAAAGGUAGUCAAGCAAUGGCUAUUGUUGAAGAAAAAUUCCAUCCAAAACCUCAAGUUGCUGUUGAUCCAAAAACUGGUAAACCAUUACCUCCAAGUCAACAACCAGUUCAACAACAAUCUCCAAAAGAUGACAAUUCAAACGGUUUCUUUGGUGGAUUCUUCUCUUCUAAAAAUAAAAAGAGAUUACAAAGUAUGGAAGCCCCUCCUCCAGUCUUGAGAGCUACUGGUACCAUGACUGAGAGAGAAACAAUGGAAACUGAAGUUAUUAAAUUAUUGAUUUCUUCUUAUUUUAAUAUAGUUAAAAGAACCGUUGCUGAUGUUGUUCCAAAAGCUAUCAUGUUGAAAUUAAUUGUUAAAUCAAAAGAAGAUAUUCAAAAAGAAUUAUUAGAAAAAUUAUAUAAUUCUCCUGAUUUAGGUGACUUGGUUAAAGAAAAUGAAUUAACUGUUCAAAAGAGAAAAGAAUGUUUGAAGAUGGUUGAAGUCUUGAGAAACGCAAGUGAAAUCGUUUCAAGUGUUUAGUUUAAAUCACCUUUUCAAGUGUUUAGUUUACAUUAUCUCCUCUAUAAUUCUCUUGAUCUCUAGAUCUUUAUUUCAUAUUAAUAAAUUAUUGUUUAAUUUUUUGUUUGUUCAACUUUUUUUUUUCUAACAAUUUUUUCCCGUAGAACUUUACCCCAGACAUGCAAAAAAGCCUAAACUUCAUUCUCACCUAAACCUCUUGUGACUUAGUCGUAUCCAACACCUCAGCAUUCUCUUUUCCAUAGUUCAGUAUCUCUUACUUGGCCAUUAAACAAUAGGAAAAUGUCUCAGAAAUUAAAAGUUGCUAACAAAACAAAAAAAAAAAGGAUCUGAAAAAUGC